GUGUAGUUGAGAACAUUAAUUUAGUAGGCCGACCCGGGUCCAGACGAACGAAUCCUUAUCCACGUGUCAGGAUCCGGGUCGGGUCGGAUUCGGAUUCGGCUCAGCUGAAAUGCAAGAACAAUCACUAUCGCUAUCAUUCAUCACACCAACCAACCUAGGAAUAAUUCUAGAAGGACCACUUUUUUGCGAAGAAGAAGAACAACUCCAUUGAAUCAACAAUGGCUGAGGACUCAUCAUCAUCACCACAGUCCUUUUUGAGGAAACAUUGGGAAGGAUACAAGGAAUUUUGGGGCGAAAGAUUUUCCUUUUUGGAAAACUAUACAAGAUUCAUCAAGCGCGAUAAGCCACUUCCUUCUUGGUCUGAAUCUGAUGUCGAAGAGUUCAUUGCUUCUGACCCACUUCACGGACCCACUCUGAAGACUGCUAGGGAAGCAGCAAAGAUUAGUGCUGUAGGAGGCAUUAUUGGAGCUGUUUCAACUGCAGGUGUUGCUUGGAAGUAUUCCAGGAGUUUGCAUGGUACUGCACUGUCUCUUGGAGCCGGAGCUGUCUUUGGAUGGACCUUUGGACAGGAAGUUGCCAACCACUGGCUGCAGCUAUAUAGGCUGGACACCAUGGCUGCUCAGGUUAAAUUCAUGGAAUGGUGGCAGAACAAGGUUGAAGGACAGUAAUUCCUCGUAUCAUAUCCCGGGUUAAAGGACAGUUUCAGGCUCGGCUUUGGUGUUAAAUGUCAGUGAACUUUGAGGAAUAAGAGUGUUCAAAUUGUAACCGGUCACUGUGGAAUCGACUGUUUUGUCUUUCCGUACUGAAUUAUUAUAGUAGAAAUGCAGCUUUUGGCAGUUCUCUUUCUAAAA